AUGCGUUUGGCGUUACUACAGCUUCGGCCCAUCUACCGUCUGGCGGCUACUAACCUGGGAAAAACCAGGACCUCCUUUCAGUUUUACAGCACAAAGUCGAAGCCCUUAGAAGUCCGACCCAGUCCUCCAAGAUUACCGAAAGAAGACCAGGCGGAAUUUGAACGACUACAAAAAGAGGCCAUGAGUAGCUUUAACAAGGUGGAUAUAAAUGAAGAUAUCGAGCAUCCUCAAUUUCGCAAACCUUAUGCUGACUUUGAGGGUGACGUGAAUCCCGAGACUGGUGAAGUUGGUGGUCCUAAACAAGACCCUCUACGAUUUGGCGAUUAUUCUUUUAAUGGACGAGUAACUGAUUUCUAA